CGAGGCCCGGCCGCCCGGCCCGCCCGCCACUGUCGCCCUGCCCCGCCAUGCCCGCCGACCUCAGCGGCACCUGGAACCUGCUCAGCAGCGACAACUUCGAGGGCUACAUGCUGGCCCUAGGCAAAUGGAGGAAGGCAGAGAGCUUUGCUUCUGUCAGCUUCUUCCCCAUAGUCGUCGGUUCGAUGUGCUCAGUAUGCCAGAGUGGCGUCUCUUGGGGUGGCAUAUUCUGCUCACCCUUCAACCUGAUUCCCAUUUCCUUCCUGGUUCUAAUGCGUAUUGACUUUGCUACUCGUAAGAUAGCCAAGUUGCUGAAGCCACAGAAAGUGAUUGAGCAGAAUGAAGAUUCUUUUACCAUCCACACCUACAGCAGCUUGAGGAACUACCUUGUUACAUUUAAAGUUGGAGAAGAAUUUGAUGAGGAUAAUAAAGGCCUGGAUAACAGAAAAUGCAAGAGCUUGGUCACUUGGGACAAUGACAGACUCACCUGUAUCCAGAAGGGGGAGAAGAAGAACAGAGGCUGGACCCACUGGAUGGAAGGAGACAAACUCCACUUGGAAAUGUUCUGUGAAGGCCAAGUGUGUAAACAGACGUUCCAGAGAGCCUGAACUGCGUCCAGCAACAGAACCCACGUGUGACUGCAGUUGAAUGUUGAAUUCUAUUCUAAAAUGAAGAGAUGCUAAUCUGUCCUGGUUUGGUGAUGGGAACUUGUGGUCAGAGACCUGUCCUACAGCCUGUACCAGAAGCCAUUUACUCAGAUUAUGGGAAGACGUUCAGUUCAAUAAACCUGUCCAAUGACUCUGA